AUCCUCAAACCUCGGGACCCCGACGUGUAUGAUGGAACGCCGGAUGUACAGAAGUUUAAUAAAUUCCUGCAUGACAUUACGGAGUAUAUCGACGGAUAUAACAUACCUCCUGAGCGACAGGCUUCUACCGUAUCGCACUUCCUCUCCAAACGUGCGGAUGCUUGCUACAUCGCCACCUGCUCGGAGGCUCCGUGGGAGUGGACGUUAAAGGACGUUCUUGUAGAGAUAUUCAAUUACUGUUUUCCUAUCGACUUCCGUCAGCGGACGCGAGAGAAACUGAAUAGUGUCAUACAAGGCGACCGCACCGUGCGCGAAUUCGUCCACGAGUUGCAGGGCCUCUUCCUUCUCCUCGGGCACAUGUCCGAGGAGACGAAGAUUGAGAAACUCUGGUACGGUCUCCGUCCCUCUCUGCAGGGAGAGUUAUACCGAGCCAAACUGAAUCCGGCUACCGCCUCCUGGGCUUCGGUG